AGUUAAGUGAGAUAAUUAUCCUUUUAUUUACAUCAACAAACCUUGUGCACGCGAUUCUGAACAAACUUCCACGAAAUUCUCAACUGGGAAAAACAACCGAUAGGUUGUAGGACUUUGAGCCAAUUUUUGGCCCCAAAAUUGCACGUAGCAAUUUUAAGUAUCACUUAGCUGCGAUGAUGUGUAGCGGCCUUCCUUUCAGGCGAGGUCAAAUGAGGGCAGACAUUUUUGAACUUCCGAAAUGUGCGAAAGAGCUUCGCUCCUAAUUUCCUAAAGUGAUCGCUUUUUUCUUUUACCGGAUGUUUCACAUCGUAAAAGAAAGAGGGAGAGGCCCAACUCUGAAAAUAAAAAGUAAUUUAUUUUCCAGUGAUAUGUAUAGAUGAAAUUUGAGAGAAGAAAUUUUCAGGCAGAGGUGAAGCUAUCACUUUGUCAAGUGCAAAAUAUGAAUCUUUUCCUGUCGAUGACAUGACAGACGAGAAGUUGUGACUUUGCAUAAAUUAUCAUAAUUCGUUACGCGUGACGUCACAAGACUACAAUACAGGAGUACAGCAGGAAAGAUGGCUCCCCGUAGCCAAAACUGUCAUCGUAAAGCUAACAGAAUGAAGUACGAACGAUAAAACAGAGUAUGAAUACACCAGAACGGUGGUCAACUGCCUCAUCAGACAGCGAUUUGUCCUCAAUAUUCAGCUCAGGAGAAGGCAGAUGGGAAGGAUUGCGAGCUAAGGAUAUCCUCGACUUACUUCAGCAGAAAAUUGCGAUUUUGUACGGAGGCAGAGACCGUCGAGGAGGUCCUAUCAUAUCGUUUCCGGCAAGAUCUAAAGCAGCAGAAAUCGAACGUUCAUCUUUAACUCGAUUACUGGCCUAUCUUGCAAGCUUGCCGAGCGAUCAUGAACGAGAACUUGGAUUUAGUCUUGUGCUGGACAUGCGAGGCUCCACUUGGCUCUCAGCCAAGCCUAUGCUAAAAGCUUUACAGGAGUGUUUUGUAGCUAAAAUACACACUGUUUAUCUACUAAAACCUGACGGAUUUUGGGAGCGAAGCAGAGCAUCCUUUGGGAGUUCAAAGUUGCUAUUUGAGACAACACUCACGUCCCUGGAUGGUCUGUCGAAGUUUAUUGACCUUGACCAACUGACUUCAGAUCUGGGUGGUUCUUUUAAGUAUGACCAUUCUAAGUGGAUCAAGAUGCGUAUGGCACUGGAAAAAUUUCUGUAUGAAGCCUCCUCAUUAUUAGCCAAGUUAGAGGAAAUACAAGAUGGAUUAGCCCGAGAAGAUUUUGCAGAUACACUUGACGGUCUCAAAGAUCAAAUUAAACACAAUCAGCAUGUGAAGAAGUGGAUUAUCAAAGCUCCUGUGGAAGUCUUGCAAGAGGAGGGCGAGAAAAUCCGCAACACAAUCAAAAAUCCAAGCCAUAGGGAUGAUGGUGAUAGUCUGACAGAAGAAGAUGUGAAGAAAGGAGAACUUCAGAUCAAUGAGUUAGUGGAAGGGUUGCAUUCAAAACGGCAAAAAUUGAGAGAAUUAUGGAAUCUACGGAAGCUAAAACUGGAUCAGUGUUUUCAAUAUCGUGUGUUUCAACAAGAUGCCGAAAAGAUGCUGUUAUGGAUAAGGGAGAAUCGGCAGGAGUUUUUGCUCAAUUACACAGAAAUUGGAAAUGAUACGACCUCGGCAGAAGAACUUGAGGACGAACAUCAAAAUUUUCAAAGUAGUUGCAUGAGUGUUUACACCAACAUCAGCCGUGUGCUAGAAGUGGCAGAUAAACUAAGUGAGGCUGUGCAUUAUGAAUCUGACCGAAUCGAAGCUCUAGCACAGGCUGUCAGUCGCGAGUGGAAGUCAUUUGAUAUGAACAUAAAUCAGCGGAGUUGUUUGUUAGCACGUUCUGUUGCCUAUCACAAGCACAGUGAGGAGUUUCUUCACAAUGUAAAGCUCUGGCAAGACAAGCUACAGAAUAAUGACUAUCUGGAUGUAAAAGAAGUGGCAGCAGUUGAAAAUUUGUUAACUGAUCUAAAUGACUUAAGGCAAGAGAUCGAGGAUGCAUUUGAGACUGUCAGCACAGACAGCAAGGCUCUUUUAGCAGAACUUCAAAAAUCUCCUGUGGUCAUGGAAAAUCAGUUUCUUAAAAAUCCUGAAUAUUCUGAAGAAGCAGGAUCUCAUGUUAUGGACAUUUACCUGGAGGUUCACGAGCACCACAGACAGUUAGGAAUGUUGUGGGAAAAACGGAAAGCAAGACUCAAAGAAUACCUUCAUCUGUGUAUGUUUGAUCAAGACAGCUCACAGGUGAUAAAAUGGAUUGAAGAGCACGGGGAAACAUUUCUGUUGAAGCACACGGGUGUUGGGAAGUCUCUUGUGAAGGCAGAAGCUCUGCUCAAGAGACAUGAAGAAUUUGAAAGCAUUGCUCAGAAUACCUACACAAACGCGGCAAAGCUUCUGGAAGCCGCCCGUCAUUUGGCUAACACGGGCGAGUGCAACGCGGACGAGAUUCAAAAGCGAGUGGAUUACUUCGAAAAGCGCGUCCAAGAGUUUAUAAACCGUGUAAACAGACGAAAAAGCCUGCUGAAAUUAGCUGUCAACUUCUAUUCUCGGACACAAAAGCUCUCUGAGUUAGUGGAACAAUUGAAGGCUCAGCUUGAACUUGAAGAGGUGUCCGAUAAUCCAGACAACAUCGCUACCGUGCUUACGAAUUUGAAACACCAAGGUGAAGCGACGUUGGAUUCUAUCCACACCGCCAUCGAUGAAGGCGAAACGAUUAUUGAGGAAUUAAAGCUUGCAAGUUCCGAAGGGGUAGAUUCAAGCUCGCUUCAACAUGUUGAGAAAGUUAUUAAGGAGCUCGACCGGGUGCGGCGAGCAAUUGAACAUUCGUGGACGAGACGACGGCAGCAGUUAGAGUGCUGGCUGCAACUGCGGGAAUUUGAACGAUCAGCGAAGAUGCUCAAGGACCGUCUGGAAAUUUGUGAGGGGCAUUUAGAAAAAGGCGGCUUAGCACUGGAUCUUCCUCGAGCAAAACAGUCUCUAAACCAUCAUGAAGAACAAAUGAAGGACAUUGAAAACGCUGCAAUGAGAACGUUCUGUCGAGGCGAAGAACUCAUAGACUAUUUAAAACAGUCCGAGAUUGAGUUGCGUGUAAAGGAUCCCUUGACUAUGGAGAACAUUGAUGCGCAGACCCAUAUUCAUAAUUUACUAGAGGUUUUACAUCGAAAGAGAAGAGAUCUUCGGGAUUUAGCCGAGGAGAGGAAAAUUAAACUAGAACAGAAUUUACUUUUGCGUCAACUUGAAAGUGAUGCUAAGCAGGUGAUCGGAUGGGUUCGGAAUGGCGAGGCUAUGCUCUAUGCCAGUACGGAACUUGGAACAUCACUGGUUGAAGCGGAAGCUCUCUUAAGAGAACAUGAGGAGUUCCAGAGGGCUAUUGAGAAAACCUGUCAGAGUGCGAAUGAAGUGCGGCAACGCGCAGACAAAUUGAUGAAAGAUGGCCACUUUGAUCCUGAAGCCAUCUGGAACUGCGCUGAUAACAUGAGCCGGCGAUGGCAACAGCUCAUGAGCAAGUCGGAGGAAAGAAGAAAAGUCGUCACCGCGUCCUACAGCUUUUUCAAAUCUGCUGAACAGGUUUACCUACUGAUGGACCGCCUGACUCGUGAAUACAAACUGGAAGAAGGAGACCCGUGUAGUAAACUCAUCGAAACCGAGUCAGUGAAACGCUUAGAUGCCAUGAAAGCCAUUGUACAGAGCUACGAUGAAGACAAGGACUCCAUCGCUACGGGCCUGCUCGAAGUGAAGCGGAACGCUGACUCUUUCUUGUCCACGAUCGCACCUCCAAGUGCUGAGCGCCCGGACGUCACGAUAGAGCGAGUGGAAUGCCAAGUGAAGGAAGUCCAAGAACAGCUUCGAGCGCAGGAGCAGCAAGUGUUGGAUGUGUGGAAUGGCAGGCGAACGCUAGCAGAGUAUUGUCUACAGUAUCUUGAGCUGGAACAGUGUGCUAAAGAGGCGCUGGACUGGAUCCAUGAGAAUGGCGAGUUUUAUCUGUCAUCACGGACUGGUGAGGGUGAUACCGACGUACAGACUAAAGAGCUGUUAGAUGAACAUCAAGAGUUCAAGGAAGCUUCAGAGGUAUAUGAAGUGCAAAUCAGGGAAAGAGUGAAGUCCAUGCUUCACCAAGCAGAAACUCUGAUCGCCAAAUCCUGUUACCAUGGCGACGGUAUCCGCCAAUGGGCCACAGCAGUGGAGAAGAGAUACAAAGAUUUCGCGCGACGGAUGCAGAAAUACCGCGCUAAACUGGAGAACAAGUUGGGGUAUACAGUCUCAGAACACGAGGAUGAGGUGGAAUGGCCGAGUCUUCAGUCUCUCCACACUCAAGGACAGCAGCAACAACAAGCAUUCGCUCUCAGAGAGACCUCAAAAGAUAGUGGCAUCCAUGAGAUGACAGAGGAGAAGAGACGAUCUGCUAAGAGAAAAGAAUUUAUCAUGAACGAGCUGCUACAGACAGAGAGAACUUACGUGGCGGAUUUAAAUUGUGUUAUAGAGAGCUAUAUUAGCGCAAUGUCAAACAAUGCUGAUGUUCCAUCAGGCCUUGUAGGAAAGGAAAGCAUUAUUUUCGGCAAUAUUGAGGAUAUUUACAGCUUUCACAACAGCACUUUCCUGCAGGCUUUGGAAAAGUACGAAACGAACCCAGAAGACGUUGGCGAAGCGUUUCAAGAAUGGGGAGAAUCGUUUGUCGGGAUGUACGUAGCGUAUUGCAAGAACAAGCCGUUUUCAAACUCACUCCUCAUCGAACACGGUGGAAACUUCUUUGCGGACCUUCAAGCCAGCUACGGCCAUGGUUUGUCCAUCUCGGCUUACCUCAUUAAACCCGUACAAAGAAUUACAAAAUACCAGUUACUGCUGAAGGAUCUUUUAACAUGCUGCGAAGAAGGAUCGGAAAAUAGUCUACAGGCUGGUUUGGAUGUAAUGCUCAGCGUACCUCGACGAGCUAACGACGCCAUGUAUGUGAAUAUGCUUCAUGGAUAUGAUGAAAACAUCGAUUCUCUAGGAAAAGUUGUUUUACAGGACGCGUUCACUGUGUUUGACCCAAAGCAGCUUAGACGAAAAGGAAAGGAGCGGCAUAUUUUCUUGUUCGAGCAAGCACUCCUCUUUAGCAAGGAAACAAAAGAUGCUGAUGGCAAAAUCAAGUAUCUCUACAAGAACAAAAUUAAGACUCCUGAGUUGGGUGUUACAGAACAUGUCGCCGAGGACUCAUGUAAAUUUGCCGUGUGGACUGGAAAACCGCCACAAUCCGAGGACAAGCGCAUCAUCAAGGCAAGAUCUUUGGAAACUAAACAGCUGUGGGUCAAGGAAUUACGAGAAGUUAUUCAACAGUUCCAGUUUGGGACGCUUAGAGAGAGAACCACCUCAAUGACGAGCUCAACGAGUUCUGUGACAACCACAGCCUCGAUCAGGAGCCGCGAGGAGAAAGCUGCUGACCGGGAAAGUGGUGUUAUUGAAGAUGACAGCAUCUCUGGCGAAUUUGAUAACUUCCCUGAAGGAAAGGUGCUUGAAUUCAACGAUAACGUCUGGUCAGUAACGGAGAACUACAAGGCGGCCAACGACGAAGAAAUCUCGCUAAAGAAGGGUCAACUCGUCGAGGUUCUUGUCAAGCCACAUGGCAGCUCGCGGUGGAGAGUUCGCCUGCUGUUGAGCGAAGGAUUGAAUCCGGCUGAAGGAUGGGCCCCGCAUAAUGCGCUGAAGCGUUCUGACGAACGCGACCCGAAAAAGAAGCGGCAUUCGGAGAUCUCUCACUCGAGUAGCGAAGAUUCCGUAUCCCUGUCCUCAUCUGACAGCCCCACAGCUUCUUGGUACCAGGGCCAGCCGGCCAACAAUGGCGGCUCGCCCCCACUCCGCAGGCGAUCUAGGUCGGGCCCCCAACUCUCUCUUCGCAGGAAACGUUCAUGGAGUAAAAUGAAAAUGACCAACAAGCCAGUUGCUGAUCAGUCCCCUGGGACCCCCACACGGGUAGCGAAGAAAGCCUCGGGGGGUGGAUCUAAGAAACUUCAACAACUUCUGGGCGCCAGCGAAAGUGACAUUGACCUGCUGUUGAGACCUGCUGAGAUUGUGUCGACGCAAACGCAUAGAAGCAUACCAGAGGAGCUGGGAGAUGCUAAUAAUUCCGGUGAAUCGGGAGGAACAGCUUUUUUGCCAGUGCAACAGUCCACAAGCGAAGGAGAGCUGAAGCUCCAUCUGAGCGAUGACGAAGAUGAUGAAGAUGACGAAGACGAGGAGGAAGACUUUGAAAAUAACUGCGAGAAGGCGCUGGAAGAUGAGGAAGCGGAGGGAGAGGAAGAAGAGGAGGGACAGGAUCCUGCAGAUCAGGAGGACCCUCAACAGGAAGUGGACGAGGAUCAAGAACAAGUACAAGAAGAGGAGACUGGGGAACAGGAAGCUGAGGGCGAUGUGACGCCGGCCCCAGUCCCCGAGCAGGAAGAUCCUGAAGCUGUAGCGCUCAAGAAAAGAACAUUUGUGUUGAAGGAACUUCUUCAAACAGAAAGAGAUUACGUCAAAAGCCUUGGUGAAGUAGUAGAGGGAUUUAUUGUAGAGCUUGCCAAACCAGAGACACCCGAAGAAUUGAAAGGAAAAACUCGAGUGCUGUUUGGCAAUAUACAACAAAUUUACGAGUGGCAUAAGAAUAAAUUUUGCAAGGAACUCGAGAAAUGCGAAGAUGCUCCUGAGAAGCUGGCGUCUUGUUUCCUAAGCUCUGAGCGGCAUCUCAAGUUUUACAUUUUCUACUGCCAAAAUAAACCAAAAUCCAUGACUCUCGUCCACGAAUUCCGCGAGACAUAUUUUGCGGAAGUCGCAGAGCGUCUUGGUUACCGGCUUGGAAUCGAGGAUUACCUGAUUAAACCGGUUCAACGUAUCAUGAAGUACCAACUGCUCCUAAAAGACUUUGUCAAGUACACCGCCAAAGCGGGACUGGACACUACUGAACUGAAGAAAGCUUUGGACAUGAUGUACGUUGUGCCAAAGAAAGCUAAUGACAUGAUGAAUGUUGGAAUGCUGGAGGGUUACACGGGCAAGAUUGCAGCUCAGGGCCAACUGAUUAUGCAGGACACAUUGAUUGUAGCCGACCCCGAGACUCGUAAGCCAUGCAAGCGACAGGUGUUCCUGUUUGAGCAGCUUAUGAUCUUCAGUGAACCUUUUGAGAGGAGGAAGGACUGGACAGUGUACAUCUACAGACAUAGUAUCAAGGUGAAUCAUAUGCAUUACAUGGAAGGGGUGGGUGAUGAUCAGUUGUCGUUCGCUAUCUGGACCGGCUCAGAUCCCGACGCGGCCAUCUUCACCAUGACCGCGCGCUCGGCAGAGAAGAAGAAGGACUGGUUACAAGCGUUGAAGAAGCUUCGAGAGUCACAGCACGCGUUCGCUAUAGAAUCAACUGAAGCUGAUCAAAUGUUAAACCAAGGAACCAAAGCUUUAGAAAGACCAAUCGAAUAUCAGAAACAGCAAGCCAACGGCAUCCCCCCAGCAUUAACUCCCGGGGGACCUGUCACGACCCAAGGUCAGGUGACCCCAUCAAGCAGCACUACUCUACCAAUGACAACGUCAGCUAAUCGCGCGCACAGCUUCAGCCUUCCUGACACCGGCUCUUUGAAGAAACCAUCACAGAUACCAGUCGCUUCGAGUCCAACCAAUCGUCUAAAACACAUGAAUCUCAUCGCCCUCGAGACUGCUCAGUCUCUGGAAGAUCUCACGUCACCUUUCCCAACUGCCUCGCGUAAUAAAGAACGUUUCGUGGUGCUAGAGGAUUUCAAGUCUAAAGAUAAAGACCAUCUUUCUGUGAAGAAAGGUGAAGUGGUGUACCUAGUCUCUAACAAGAAACACGACAAGAAUUGGAGAUAUGUUUGUAACUUUACCGCCGACAAACUCGGACUUGUGCCCGCCAAGAUUCUCAGAAAAGAAGCUAACAAUAACGUCGAAGAUUCAGACACUCCGCUCUCUCCCAAGAAAACGGCUGGAACGUUUUCAAGGAAAAAGGUUUCAAGGCAUGAGAGUUUUACAAUGGCUAAAAAGGGUAAAGAGAAGAUUCUACCGUCUAUUACACGACAUCGGAGUUUUAAUACGGGUGAUGACAAAGCACGACGUGCACAGAAGAAACAGAAAGAUUCGUAUCUCAAUGCAUUCUCCAAUAAAAUAAAACAGAACAUAGAUAAAUAUCGCACCGAACUGACGUCUGAAAACGACCAAGAAAACGAAGAUGUUCCAGCAACAUCAACGAAUCAGAAAGGAAACCCUUCCGAGAUCACCUUCCGCCAAGUUCUCCAUGACGUCACUGUCAAAAGCGGCCAUCAUUUACGGCUCCAGUGCAAACUAUCAUCGUUCCCCACCCACCCCCUCACGGUAACCUGGACUAAGAAUCAGCACUGCAUAGAAACUUAUGACAAUAUCACGGUAGUUAACGACGGAUGCUCACUGGCGUUGGACAUCACGCCAACAGAGACCUCUGACACAGGUCACUACAAGUGUUCUGUCACGUGCGGGUCACGCCGUAUCACGUGCUCAGCUUAUGUGGCCGUUCUAGGUGUUCCCGAACCUCCCUCAAAACCUUUGGUCAAAGAAAUGACGUCAUCUUCGCUUGUGCUUCACUGGGAACCACCUCUGCUCGACGGUGGAAAGCAGAUCUUAGCUUACACGGUGGAGUACAAGGAGACUGGAGUGAGCGUGUGGCAGGCGGCCGUGCCAUUUGUGGCGGGAAAUAGCACGUUGAUUGACGACUUGACGCCGGGCGCCACAUACCAGUUCAGAGUCAGUGCGAACAACGAGAUCGGCAUCAGUCGCCCCAGUCCUAUCUCGGACUCAAUAACAUUAGACGCUGAAAGUGACGAAGAUAAGAAGAAAAAGACCUGCAAGAGAAAGCAGCGCUCCAACUCACAAAGAGAACCAAUCGUUUGGAAAACAGACAUCGAAGCUUUUUACAACAUUUACGCUGAGUUAGGAAGGGGCCGGUUUUCUGUUGUAAAGAAAAGCGUCGAAAAGGCAACAGGAAAUGAAUAUGCCGCGAAAUUGGUCAAGAAACGAAUGGUGGGCAAAGACGAAGUCGAGGAUGAAAUCGCUCUUCUCAGAAGACUCAAACAUCCAAAUUUAAGUGGCUUUAUCGACGCUUUUGACACGCCGAAAAACUACGUAGUAAUAGUUGAACUUUUAGCAGGUGGUCGGCUGUUCGACCAUCUUGUUGUUAUGGACAAUUUAACGGAGAAGGUCGCUAUUGGUCACGUUAAAGAAAUACUUGAUGGUGUUCAGCACCUCAGAGAUCUCUCUAUUGUACACCUCGACUUGAAGCCUCAAAAUCUUCUUCUAGAUAGUGGGCCGUUACCAAAAGUCAAGAUCAUUGAUUUUGGCUGUGCGGCUGAAAUUUCCAGUUCAGAAGCUGUAGUGAAACAAGUGUUUGGAAAUCCUGAGUGUUCAGCUCCAGAACUUGUAAACAGAAAACCUGUAGACUUCACGACAGACACGUGGAGUAUAGGAGUCAUUACCUACGUCAUAUUAAGCGGAGUUUCGCCUUUUCAAGGAGAAACAGUCGAGGAAACGUGUCGGAGUAUUGCAGAAGUCAAAUACGAAUUUAAUCCAAAGCACUUCGAACCCAUUUCACAACAGGGCAAAGAUUUCAUCACCUCGCUUCUUGUUAAAAACCCAAAGAAAAGAGCAGAUUGUCAGAACUGUCUUAAUUCCCAGUGGAUAAAGAUGAUCAGUCCCAGACCGCCUAGUCCUGUCAGAACAGUUAAACUAAACACAUCACGGUUAGCGGCGUUCAACGCACGCAGAAGAAAUCAGCACGAUAUCACACCUUUACCUUCAAAUAAAAACAACAAGAACGUUACAACUGUAUAGUACAAAGUUUCAAGAAUUUUUACAUAUGGAGUUAGAUAAGACACCUGUUAAGAUAUAUUUUUUGUCAAAUUUAUAGAUUGCUACCUAUGUAAUUGUGCACAUUGUACAGUUGUAAGAUAUCUUUGCUUUAAAUCAUGUAUGUAAAAGGAUAGCUUUUUUUUCGUUGGAAUUUUAUGAACUCGUUCAAAGCAAAGUGUAAAUUGUAGAUUCAAAUCCUGCCGGGUAAAAUGUGGCCAUGUUGGUCAAUUAUCGCCAUAAAUACUUUAAAGAGAAGAAAAAUUUAUUAAUUCGUUUAGAUAUUGCCAAUUCGAACAGAAUUUUAAUACUUAAAGAAAGAAAGCAUUACAUUUUCGUUAACUUUUCUUCGCAAACAUGUUUUGUUACUUGCUUUUUAUCUUACGAUUGUCACGCAGUGUUUCUGUGUUCUCGCGUUUGUCACGCUGUGUUUCUGUGUUCUUUUAGGUAGAAGCCUUGCGUGACACUGAUUUUCAAGGCCUUAAAAAUGUCGUAGAUUUAAUUUUAAUUAUCCAGUACAUUGCGUAAAGUACAUUUGACCAAAACGUAUAGUAAAUGUGUAAUUUAUUGAAGGCAAAAGGACACGGUUGUCUUUCAUUGUUAUGAAUUGAAUCGAAGUGACAUGUUGAAUGUUUUGGGUAAUGAUAAUAAUCUACGUCUUCGUUAUUUUCCUUGUUUACUGAUAGAUUUGUUUGUAUUUUGAGUAAUUUGCCGCUGUAAAAAGCAAGUUUGUUUGUUUUCUUUUUUCUUAGCCUGAGAUCAGACUUUUGUUGUUUUGGCGGGAAAAACUCGCUGAUAUCCGAGUCGCGAGGGGAAUGGGGAGGAGAUACUUGUCCAAUGCGCAUGUUUUCCCGUUUUCUUUUCAUAAUCUUUUUUCUGAAUACAACAGUUUCAGUUUCUUUAGAUAACACGUUCGUUUGUUCUCUUGCCCUUCUAUUAUCGACAAAGAUAGUAUUUUCCAGCGUUUGUUGAACUGCUGGCUUAUUUAUUAACUUAACAACGACGAAGUUAACGACAGAAUUCAUGCAUAGCAUUCAGAAAUUGCUUGAGACAAUAAAACAUGAAGAAUUUUAAUGGA